GUGGGCUCUAGUUAGAAAAAGUUCAAUUAACUGGAGCUGAUUGCAGCUUCUUCACAGCAAGCUCUAUAACCAGAAGUCAACCAGCACAAGCAUGGCGGGCAAGAAGCAAGGCAGAGCGAAGGUUCAAGAGGAGGGCUUGGCUGCACAAUUAGCAGAAAUGAAUGGAGAUCUAAGCGAGAAAGACUUGAAGGAAAUAUUGAGAUCUGCAAGCUCUAUAGGACGUGUCAAAAGUGCAGGGGAGUAUGCCAAAGACAGGGAAGUUAGCAUCAAGACUCUUUUGCAGGUCCCUAUGCUCCACCCACACUCAUCACAGGCACAGACAAUAUCGGACGAUGUGUCCACCACAACCAAGCCCACACAUACUCCUGAGAACAUGCCUCUACUGUUGCACGAGUUUUACUGCCAGCGACUACAAGAGCUGGUCCAAUUAAAGCACACCCUGUUAGUGCGCUGGUCCAGGUUUGCAGUGGGUGCUCCUAAAGUCAUUGAGGAGCUGCAGGAACAAUUCAAACUGAGAAUGGAGUACCUACUACAUGAGUAUAACCACACACUGGAGCGUUCUCGUAUUCUCUCAACGUCUGUGGAUGCUGUGUUAGCGGACAAGGCCACACCCACUGGUCAUGUGACUGAGGAGGAUGUACUGACGUACCUACGCUGGGUGGUGUAUCGACAACACGUCAAUAAAGAAGUAGCAGGAUUCAUCAGAUCCCUGCAGUGGUACCCAAUGAUCUAUUAUGACCAGUUCUCACACGCCCUCUCUGCCAGCAAACAAACUGAGCCUGUGACCAACAAAAAGCUGGCUUUUCAAACGUCACGCAUCAGGCCGACAUUUUCAUCACUGCUGAGGCCACCGGGCUCCCUAGGGGGAUCCCCCAAGCAAGGGGGUGUGACCAGCUAUCAGAAUGAGGGCGUGGCACUCCCGGUACUGACGACUAGUGUGAGUGACCUACAGUCGCUGAUACAAGAGCUGUCAGCACACUACACCAUAGAGGGGGACUCCUCAUUGCGUAGUCAGGCUGAUGAGCUGCAACUCUACCAUCGUGCUAAUCGGAGGUUUCGUGAAGUGUUCCUCUCACAGGAGACCUCCUACACUCUCCACACGUACGAUCGGUUCCCUAGCACCGGCUUAAAGAGACAACAAAAGUCAAAACUAACGUUUCGGAAGCCGUCCAAUUGGUUGGAGUUUGUGAAAAUAAGAGCACGUCCUGAUCCAGUGCAUAUAGUGAGCUACUCUGCUAUCAGACAAUCAGUGUCAGCUGUAGAUGAGUUCCUCUCCCUGAGCUCACACUGCACACACCUCCACUCCCUCCCACGUGUCCUCUACGCUCUCCGUCAGCACUACGUGUUUGUGAAAGCCACCUCCUCACACAUCACACCCCUUACACUGUCGGGCCCCACCACGUCACAUGACACCUCCCUCCUCUGGAAGUGUAUCUACUCCGGAGUGGAUAGUAGAAAUCCUCUAAGCAGUGAAGACACGGCUGAUAGCUCCACCUCGGAUAUGGGCGUAGCCGAAACUGACCACACCCACUCAACAGGGGGUGGUUUUGACGUCAACGCGGCCAUGAAGCUCAUCCACAGCACUGGGAGCAGGGCAGUGAGUGCUAAAGCUCACCACGCACCAAACGAUGCUCACUUUGCUUUCCUCAUGCUGAGACAUCUCAAAAUAAGAGAAGAGAGACAAAAGUGUCUCAAUGUGCUCAACUAUUUCCGAUCUGUCGAGCGUACCUUGACUAUUAACGAGGAGGGGAUGACGGGAGAUGGUUCCCAUGGUGACCAGAAGUCGUCACGGACGACAGGUGGUUUAGAUCAUCGCCACCUCUUCAACACACCAGCAGACUACAUUGUUGACCAGGCUGAGUUUAUGACGUACAUGGAAGUGGAAAACCAUGACGAUUUCUACUCAUUUGAGGCAUCCAAUCAGAUUAGAGUGUGGGACCAACAGGGAGCGGGUGUGGUCUAUGACUCGGCACUGGAGGAUCUGUCCAACCUUGAGACAGAGUUACUGACAGUGGGUUCAUACUACCUCUCCAAGGGUCCUCCACGUAAAGACUCCAAUCCUCAUCACCGUGACAACACGAACUUGGACGUGGGGAAAUAUGCUCAAGUGUCUGUGGACAGGUUCACUCUCCUCUGGGACUUGUGGGCAUGGGAGGCACAGUUCCUACUAGCCAAGAUGAAGGUAAUGAACUGCUACCUGGAGUGCUACCAUCACACAAUGGACAGACAGGAGAGGGGCAGACUGGCGGAGGUGAUCACCACUCUACUCUGGUCAAGGCCUCGAUACGACCACAACGCUAAGUACUUCAUUGAGAGCUAUGAGGCUGAGGUCCAAUGCUUGGGCCUGUACAGUGACCUGUUGUGUGAGAUGGUGUGUGGACUAUUGGACAAGGAGAGGGCCUACAAUCAGACCGUCUGUGGGCGAGAGAGUGGCUCUUCCCCCAUGGAUGGCAGUGGUAGUGCCACGCCCCCUCCCUACGGCAUGCCACGCCCACUAAUAGCCAAACAGCUGGUGUCACUGACGGGUGAUCGUCACCUCCUAGUCCACUCAUAUCUACUGGAGACUGCCGUCUGUCUGGGGACUAUGGGGGACCUCCAUCAGACUAUAGACUGGAGCCUGGCUGAGACUAUCAAAAUACACGGUGUGAGUUGUGUGAGGGACACCCUCACUCUUCACACACAGCUACUGGAGGCAAUAAUCAACGACUGGAGGGAGCGACCAGACAUUGGCUCAGCCUACUCUCCUGAACUGCAGACACAUCUCUUCACUGACACUAUUGUUGAAGACCCCAAAGUUAUUGCCGACCUCUGUGUAACCCAUAGCAACCGAGCAGCCAAGGAGGCGGAGCUAAAAGGAGCCCCACCCAGAGAGCAAAUCAUCACGAGGUUACUAGGCUGGACCCAGGUAGCGCAGUUGGUGGUGACAAGAUAUUCACUCACUUUAAUCUGCUCUGACUCACAAAUUCUCACUCAACUCUACAAACAACAACUAGCCGCCCUCGAUCAGGAACCCUACCACGCCCACCUCCGUUAUGUGCCCUUUGACCUCUCGCUACGGCUACCCGCAGAUAAAGAUCUUGAUUAUUUCGUGACAAAAGUUCGUGAGAGUAGUGGAGGUGGUGAGAGGUGUGGAGUGGGGGCGUUGAAACUGGCUGUGAAAGAACUCGACGAGAAGCAUGUCGGUGUGUUCAGCUUCAGGACUAGGGAUGGAAUCAAUAAGGUCCUCUCCAGUGCUGGCAAUCUAGACGCUAUCACUGUGACAACUAGUUGCCAGCUAGCCCAUCGCCACGCUCUUGUUGUAGCAUGUCAGCACAAUCACAUCAUUCUGAGUCAUGUUGCACCAGGAGCGGGUGUGGCCACCAGCUCCAGUAUCAUUGGAUCCGUAACGUCGUCCGCGGCUACGCUACCCUCUCCAGUCGACCAAUCAGAACUAAGCAAUGCUCUCGUCAGAAAAUUGAAGAAAAACUUUGCCUCAAUUCAAUUAGAAAAGGGCCCAGUGAGAGACUACAUGUUAGCACAGUUCACCAAGCAACCCUCGGCAGUGGUCCGAAGCCACACUGACCUCAUCUCAACCAAAGCAGCACUCAUCAAUCAAUUCUCCAUGAAUCUCACUCACACACUAUCAGUCAAAUCACUGCGAGUGCAACUAGUCCAUCACUUCACCGACUUACAUCACCUUCUCAACCAAUUCCCUGCUAUAAAAUCCUCUUUCUUUACUCUCGGCAAACCAAGGGAGGUUGGAUCAGGCACUUAUAGAACUGGCUCCGCCUCCUCUAGUCGUAAGAUAUCUCUACAGAGGAUACAGGAAAUGGGCGGAGUCUUAGACCCUCGGCAAAUAAAAGCGAGACCUCCGUUAUUAUUGGAUAAAGAAGGAGAGAAGCUAAUGAAUCUCUGGUACCUACCACAUUUUACCGAGGUGCUGGAGAUGUUCUCUGGGUUACCACUGGACAAGGCCAGACAAUCUCUAGAGAGAUCAUUGUGUCUUGUGUCAGCACUGCACAUGCUACUCCAGUACACGUGUGCGUACGUCCGACUAGGCCAUGCCCACCCCCAGGUAGUGGGUGGGGCUUGGGGUGGAGUAGAAAGCAUUGGUUCUUAUCUGCUCCAACUUCAAUCUGAAAUCAGCCAACUCAGCAAUCCAACUAGUCCAGAUGAGGUCGGCCGGUAUCUAUGGUUACGGUGUAGAGUGGCCCAUUUGACCCAUGACCUCACUGUCCGGCAUCACCUACGCAAGUCACUACUCCACAAGGAACAACAGAAGGCAACACAAUUGCUGGACAGUGUUUCUGUGCCGUCCCUUCGUAGCCUCCACCCCCCACACUCCUCACACCUCCCACACCCCCUACACACCCUCCCCGCCUCACACACCUCCACACUCGUCCCUCGUGCCUACUUUGACUCGACACACCACCCCCUAUCAAUCACGUCUGACCACACCCACCGAAUAGGCUCGUUUGUGUACGGAUCUCUGGCAGUGUUUGAGAGGGAAGAGCUCAACUUGGCACAUGGGGAACUACUGGCUAUGUCUCUUCAUUUGGAGGAUGUGCUCAAGACGAGUGACCUCCCCCCCUCACAGGGUCACACCUCACACACUCAGUCCACACGCCUCACAGUGGACGCAUCUCAUCAACACAUGCCCUAUCAUCGUAGUCGCCACAGCACAACUUCCACUAUUUCUCCGACAAAUUCCGCCUACUCACGUCGUCAUUCAUCCAUCUCCCACCCACCGCCCACGCUCCCCUCCCUCACACUCCUCACACCCCCACUGGAAAGUGCCGAGCUUUUGGUGAAAUUCCUCAAAGUGUCGUACCAGUUAGAAAGGUUAAAGGUCGAGUGGGGGUUAAAGGUACUCGGUUCGAAGGCAAUAAAGAACAAGAUAGAGUUGACGGUGGUGGAAGAUGCGUACAGAAACAGAGUAUAUAACUGGGCACGAAAGUGGGUUGCUAAGCAACAGAUAAAGGAACUCAAUCGGAUGCAAAUAGAGACAGACUCUAUUGAAACCUCCUCCACUGUGACGUUCAUGACUGAAACCACGGCAACAGACCACACCCCCUCUCAGCAACUGGAGGAGUCGAGCACACUCAGUGAGCUAGCACUGGAACAAGCACAGGUGCUGCACUUGUGUGAGCUGCUGGACGGUGUUCUGAUCCAGGACACACUGAAGCACUUGUCCAAGCAACACCACCUCCAACUGAGUGAGCGUGAGAGAGACCACACCUCCCUGCCCCUCGACCUCUGGAGGAAUACGGCCCUGAACACUAAGGAGAUCACUGGCCUCUCCCGCUCUCAUGUAGUGGAGGACUUUGUGAGGUUACUAGAGAGUAAGAUGACCGACACUGGAGGGGACACCGUGUCCCUGUGCAAGAGUGAUCUCAAGGAGUGUGUACAGCGACUGGCUAGUGGAGUAAUGGCCAGAGAGAAGGAUUGCUAUCACCUGUAUGGCUCCUACUAUGAAGCCUUGCUGAGGAGUCAGUACAAUCAGCUAUACCUCAAGAACCAAGAGAUAGACCACUAUCGCUGUGAGGCUGAGGGGAGUGCUAAUCAGAGCCGGGAGGAGACACUGCAUGUCAUGGCAGACCACACCCACCAGCUCCUGCUAGAGCUCACAGCCCUCCGCAGCAAAGUGACGGAACUCAGUCUUGAGUUAGCGGCAGCAACAAACCACACCCACUCACAAGCCCAACUAGAGUACAGUCAACUAGUUGACAAUCUCUACUCUGCUACUAUGGCAAUUAAAUCUCGUUACGAAGAAUACAGAGGUCGUCUCCAUGGAGAUAUGACUCGGAGCUUGUAUGAAGUACGACAAUCUGUUGCUGAAAGUGUGAAAAAGAUGAAAGAAAAACUUGAGAUUCACGGUGGCGAUGUUACUAUAGCAACUGAUGGAGCAGUAGCAGAUGACAUUGCCAUGGUUACCCGGCUGAAAGCUGAGGGAGUGAAAGAUAUACAACAAGAAAAUGCCGAGCUCAGCAAAUUAAUGAUCAAGAUGCGAGCAGUGCAUGCCUGGAACAGUUACAAAGAGGGUGUGGCACAUCAACACAAGGUGGCUAGUCUGGAGGGGCAGCUGAACACAGCUAGAGCCGGGGGUCUAGAGCUGAGGAUGGCAACGGAACAAGAGAUCACCUCCCUCAAGCAACAACUACUCGUGGCUCAGAAGAGUCUCGGUCGAUUGGAGAAAGAGGGUGCCGCUAUCAAGCAUCACUUGGAGGAAGAGAGACGUAAAAAACAUCUGUCUGUCAAACAAACAUCAAAGGCCCAAGAGUCAUCGUUUAGGGCCAGAGGUGAAAGGUCAAAGGUGGCCAAGCUAGAACACCUGAAACAAGAACUGGAGGCUAAAGAGAAGCUGUUGAAGACAACAACAGACGAGAAAAAAGUUGCUAUAAAACAAGUAACGGCAGUCAAAGUUCGGAGUUCAAAGGUCACCAGAGACUUGAAGCACCAUCUACGCCACGAGAGACACUUAAAGAGUGAUGCAUUUCAUCAGGUGGACGAACUGUUAGCACAGGUGGAAGAGUACACCCAACAGGAGAGCAAGAUGGUUCGCUCUUCCCUCCAAGCAUUUAGCCACACCCCUUUAGUGUCCUCCAUGCCCGCCACCUCAUCACCCAGGGUUACCAACGGCUCUAAAAGACGUCCAACCUCUGUCUCAGGUCAGUCUGCUGGAGUGGAGACCAUCGACCUCAGUCAAGAGAUACUAGCUCUGAGACUCAUUUGAUAGGACCUUUACUGCAUACACAUGCAUAUACAUGACUAGACCUUCAUUAUAGACCUUCAUUAUAGACCAGAUUAAUGCAAUUUCAUUCUUUUUGUCUGCCAUUAUAAGGCACUCCCAUCCCCUAUUGUAUAAGAUACUGAAUAUUAAUACUGAAAAUAACGACUG